AUGGUGGAGGCGGUCUGGCUCGACGGCGGUGGGGAAGUCCAGAUCCAUCGGUGGUGGAAGUGCUCUAGCUCGGCGCCGGUGGGGAAGGCGGAAUCCGCACUCGGUGGUCGGAGAGGAGGGGGAAAGGGUGUUGGAUCCAUGCUCGAUGAUGGGAAAGGAAGAGGAAGGGGCACCAGAUCCGUGCUUGGUGGUGGGAAAGGAGGGGGAAAGGGUGUUGGAUCCAUGCUCGGUGAUGGGAAAGGAAGAGGAAGGGGCACCAGAUCCGUGCUUGGUGGUGGGAAAGGAGGGGAAAGGGGUGCCGGAUCCACUCGGUGCGGCGCCAUCGUCGUUAAGGAGGCGCAACCUCGCCGCCAAGCUCACGUCGAGUUAGAGAGAGGGUGCGUGGAGAGGUGUGAGAGACGAGAGAUGGGAGAGAAGCAGACGAGGUGCGGCGGCUGGGAUUAA